GUCAAGGAUGCACGUGUGAUGUCUUGGAUCUUAGGGUCUGUUGAUCCUCUUAUUGUGCUCAAUCUGAGGCCCUAUAAGACUGCAAAGACUAUGUGGGAGUAUUUGCUGAAGGUUUAUCACCAGGAUAAUACCGCACGCUGUUUUCAGCUGGAAUAUGAGAUUGCUAAUUACACUCAAGGCAAUCUCUCCAUUCCGGAGUAUUUUUCUGGUUUUCAGAAUUUGUGGGGAGAAUUUUCUGAUAUGGUUUAUGCGAAGGUACCUGCUGCAUCUCUGUCUGCUGUUCAGGCUGUUCAUGAACAGAGCAAGAGAGAUCAAUUCCUGAUGAAAUCACGCCCUGAAUUUGAGGUUACUCGCUCAAAUUUAAUGAAUCGGGAUCCUUCGCCAUCUUUGGAUGUUUGUUUUGGAGAAUUACUCCGUGAGGAGCAGCGUCUUUUCACGCAGGCUACAUUCCAGCACAAUUCCAACCCAAAUCCAGUAGUCUAUGCAGCCUAUGGGAAAGGGAAGGGUAAGGAUAUGCGUAAGGUCCAGUGUUUCAGCUGUAAGGAAUAUGGUCAUAUUGCGGCCAAUUGUGCAAAGAAAUCUUGCAAUUACUGUAAGAAACCGGGCCACUUUAUCAAAGAAUGUCCCACUCGGCCUCAGAAUCGUCAAGCUACUGCCUAUCAGGCUGCAGUAAACACCUCUUCUGCUUCAGUGAUGUCCUCAGCCUCUUCUUCUGCGGCCGGAUCAGCUGUUCUUACUCCUGAAAUGGUCCAGCAGAUGAUUAUGUCAGCCUUCUCUGCCUUAGGGCUCCAAGGAUCAGGUGUCGGGGAAGAUACUCGCGAAGGGGCCUAAAGUUGGCAGACUAUUUCCACUGCAUUUUUCAAUUCCUAGUUGUUUAUCUUUGGCUUGUAGCACAGUUAACACCCCAAACGAAGUAUGGCACAAACGUUUGGGUCAUCCAAAUUCUGUUAUUCUGUCUCAUAUGUUUAAUUCUGGUGUGUUAGGCAAUAAAGAACGAGUUUCUCAAAAUUUGUCAUUUGAUUGUUCUGUAUGCAAACUUGGUAAGAGUAAAACUCUUUCGUUUUCUUCUCAUGGUAGUCGUGCUACAAAAUGCUUUGAUGUUGUGCAUAGUGAUGUAUGGGGCAUUUCUCCUGUCAUUUCUCAUGCUCGAUAUAAAUAUUUUGUAACAUUCAUAGAUGAUUUCAGUCGAUAUACUUGGGUCUAUUUUCUUAGGGCCAAAUCUGAGGUUCUGUCUGUUUUUCAGACCUUUGUAGCAUAUAUUGAGAAUCAAUUUUCUA